GCGGUGAAGAACUUCAAGCGCCAGUUUUCCACAUGAAGAACAAGAGGCAACUCUUCUUCGCUGCUAUCUGCUUCUGCCGAGUAUUCCUACUUCAAGUUCGAUUAUAAAGGGGAAGAUCUGGUUCUGAGUGACCCGAACGGAUCAGCACUGCCACAGGAGCUCCAUCUUCGUGGUCUUUGCAUCCUGGAGGAGUCGGCGGUGGUCCAGUCAGCAGCAGGACCCCGUCAGUCAGAUCAGAUCUUUGUGGGGGGGAGGGUUGAGCCUGGGUGUCCUGACUGCCCCCCAGAGAUCUGCAGGGAGUCAUGCCGGCUGCAGCCGUUGCGGUGAUGGUGAGCUGGAGUGGAUGAUCCUCCCCCAGGAGUCCGGGGCAGUAGGCGGUCUGUUGUGCACCUGCGGGGUAGAUAGAAUGGCACCGAGGAGGAAGGCUUCUAGACUGCUGUCCUCAGUGGACAGUGCUGGGGGGCCGUCUGUCCCCAGACCCCCUGAGCCCAAAGACUACAUCAAUGAGCUGUCCCACGAGGUUCUGUGCCACAUCUUUAGGUAUCUGACCAUGAAGGACAUCAUGUGCAUGGAGUGUCUGUCCAGGAAGCUCCGAGAAGCCGUCACCCUGUACCUACGGGUGGUCAAAGUGGUGGAUCUGUGUGCGGGUCGCUGGUGGGAGUACAUGCCUUCUGGUUUCACAGACGGCAGCUUUCUGAUCCUCCUGAAGAAGAUGCCAGACCUGGAGCAGCUGUACGGCCUCCACCCUCGAUACCUGGAGAGGAGGCGUGUCAGAGGCUUUGAGGCCUUCAGCAUCCCUGGAGUCCUGGAGGCUCUCCAGGCCUGCCCAAACCUGCUGGGCGUGGAGACGUCCCAUCUGGAGCUGGUGGAAGCUAUUUGGAACUACAUGCCUCAGGUUCACAUCCUGGGGAAGUUCCGCAACCGGAAUGGGGCUUUUCCCAUCCCCGCGGAGAACAAGCUGUCCAUCCCAGUGACGGCCAAAAUCCAGACGCUGCACCUUGUGGGUGUGAACGUCCCGGAGGUGCCGUGUGUGUCCAUGCUGCGCCACCUCUACAUGAAGUGGGUCCGCUUCACCAAGCCACAACCCUUCAAGGACUUCCUUUGUGUGAGCCUGAGGACCUUUGUCAUGCGCAACUGUGCCGGACCCACCAACUCCCUCAAGUACGUCCCCCUGGUGACCGGCCUGGCAUCCGCCCGCAACCUGGAGCAGCUGGAGCUGGUGCGGGUUCCUUUCCUGGGGGGGCUCAUCCAGCAUGUGGUGGAGGACAGCUGGAGGUCAGCAGGAUUCCGAAAUCUCCACACCAUUGUGUUUGGAGCAUGCAAGAAUGCUCUGGAAGUGGAUCUGGGAUAUCUGAUCAUCACAGCUGCCCGCAGGCUUCAUGAGCUGCGCGUCCAACCCUCUCUGACCAAAGACGGAGUCUUCUCCGCCCUCAAAAUGGCUGAGCUGGAGUUUCCUCAGUUUGAGACGCUUCAUCUGGGAUACGUGGAUGAGUUCCUGUUGCAGUGUAAGAUGAGUAACUCUGAGCUGGUGAAGUACGGGCUGGCUGAUGUCGUGGAGAACCCAGGCAUCAUCACCGACAUCGGGGUGAAGGUGGUGAACGAAGUGUUCACCAACAUCAAAUACUUGCACAUCUACAACUGUCCACACCUGCACAGCCCCCACCAUUGGAUCACAGAUCAGUCCAGGUGGAGCCGGCUGGUGGACCUAACUCUGGUCCGCUGUCAUGCCAUCAAACUGGACUCCUUCUCCCACUUUGUUGAGCUGCUGCCAUGCCUGGAGUUCAUUUGCCUAGACCAGAUGUUCAGAGAGCCCCCCAAGGGCUGUGCCAGGGUGGGGCUGAGUGCAGGAACUGGUAUUGGUGUUUCCUCAGCUCUGGUCAGCAACCAGAACCCCAACAAUGACAAUCACCAUCAUCCAGCCAACGAGGCCAACAUGCCUGCUGCCCCCCCCCCUGCCAACAUCAACAACAACCAGCAGCAGCAGCAGCACAACGAACCACUGGAAAUAAAUGGAAUGGAUGAAGAGGAGGAGGAAGAGGAGGCUGCGUACGAGGAGGAGCGGCGGGCUGAGGUGGGGGGGCAGAACAAUGACAUGGUCGUAGCUGCACCUCCCCCUGAUGAGGAACAAGCAGGUCCCAGUGGGUUGAGUGGGCAGAGCAGACCAGCUGCCCCUGUGAAGGCCCCCCUGACCCUCUCGGACUCUGACAGUGAGGAAGAGGAGCGGCUACUUUCUGAGCUCAAACCAGCUUCCUGUAUACAGCGACCAAUUUCUUGCAACAAAGGUAAAGGAAAGAUGCCCCUGCGGCGCUGCAACAACGCAGCGGUCCAGGUAAAAGCCCGGGCGACGCCCAGCAGCUGUGAGAAGAGCUGCCAGGUGAGCAGUGAGCAGAUCAAAGCCGACACCAAGGCUGCAGCUGAAAGCAAGAGGGGCAACAGGGGCGUCUGCACAGACCCAACAGACGCCACAGUGCCCAGGAGCAGGGGGAGGUCGUGGGCCGGACCCGUGAGCAGGGCUGCCCCCGCUGCUGGAGCGUCUGGACCCGUUAGUGGCUGUGGCAGGGUGGCGGACGGUGGUCCUCUCGGGUCAAACACAGACAGAACUGCAGGACUUCUUAGGACCAGCACAUCCUCCGGACCUGAAGUGGAGACUUCUAGCACAGCAAGCACAGAGGCCGCCAAGAGUCCCAGUCCAGGUCCAGACUCUGUUUCCACUAGCGCUGAGUCGGGGUGUCCUUCUCCAGUGUCGCGAUUGGGUCAUGGAGGGGCUGCCAAUGUCAAUAGUUCACAGCAGACUCCAGCGGGCGCAGAUCCCAGUCCAAGGAGACCCCUCACCAGAUCCCAUACGCGCAUGUCUGCUCUGCCGCUGCUUCCUGAGACAGAUUUUUCCAGAACAAGACCUCGGGCUGCUACAAGGAAGAAACGGAUGGCUGACAAAUCCACCAGCACCUCAGACCCGGUUACAGAGGACGACCACGUCCAGGUUCUGUGUCUGAAAAGUAAGAACUUGGUGGGCAUCACUUUGACAAACUGUGGAGUCACAGACCUGGUCCUGAAGGACUGUCCCAAGAUGAUGUUCAUCCAUGCCACCAGGUGUCGCGUCCUGAAGCAGCUGCGCAUUGAACGGGCCCCCAUCGUGAACCGCUUUGACUACGCCCAGUGUAAGAAGCUGGACAUGGAGCAGGUUCUGGAUCAGAUCCUGAGAACGCCUCCAGAGAGGAACCGCAUCAUCUACAUGCGUCCCAUGCACCAGAUUGACUCGGUGGCUCUGGAGCGGCAGCUCUUCCGGGGCCCAUAUCCGUAUCACAUCGCCAUCGUGCACGAGUUCAGCAACCCUCCAAACAUCCGCAACAAAGUUCGCAUUCGCAGCUGGAUGGACACAAUAGCCAACAUCAGCCAGGAGCUGAUCAAGUACGAGUUCUUUCCAGAAGCUACCAGAUCUGAAGAAGAUGUGAAGAAGAAUCCUCAGUAUCCCUGGGGGAGGGACAUCUACACUCUAGAGGGCGAGGUGGACGGCGCUCCCUACAGCAUGACCACAGACUUCCCUUGGCUGCGUACGCUACGAGCCGCCUACCCGAACAGCUACGCCCGCUGCGACUUUGAGGACGAUGAAAGCACCACCAUCUACGCACCGCGGCGGAAAGGACAGCUGUCAGCCGACAUCUGCAUGGAGACCAUCGGAGAGGAGAUCUCUGAGCGCAGGCAGAGCAGGAGAGCCGUGUUCCAGAGGGUCGCCGUCGUCUUUCUUCACCACUGUGACACGCCAGGAGAGCCGGUGGAAGACGACUACAUCUAGACCGCAGAGACCUGACGGAGGUCAGGAGGAGGGUGGUCCUCUCUGGAGAACGCUGGAGAGACUUGCAGCUGUGCACAUUCCCCUCUGAUGGUUCCAGAUUCAGCACCACCCCUCCCACAUCUAGCUGAGAAGGAGCUGAAAGCAGUCUACCUCCAGCACUCUGGCUUUUCUCCUUCAGCUUCAUGGAGGAUGCUAAGCUGCUGAAGGUGUUGAUGUGAGCACAGUGGACAUAUUUGUAUCUGCAGUUGAAGGACUUGGAAGGAUCCUAGUAAGAGAUCAGAAAUCUCAAGCAUCGUAAUAACAGCUGAGAUGUUUGGACUCCAUGAGCCGUAAACCUUCAGGAGGUCAUGGGUGAAGCUGUUUGAAUAAAAAAGGUGAAUUUCUCUCAAUGCUAAAUGAAUAUAAAACCAAAAUGAUCUCUGU